GAAAGGAGAAAAUUCUUAUGAGAUGACACGUAAACAUUGGACGCCACGCAUGCCGAUUACUACUCCAAUCCUAAUCCCUACACGUCAGCAUUUUAAGCUAUUCCCCUAUUGGCCUCUUCCUUCGCUCGCCGAUAUCAGGCGAUGUAAAUCACGUGCUUCCCUCCAACAACAUCGCCCCGCCACCACUAUACCCCAUAAAACAAUCCACAUUUUCCCUGUCCCAGAAGACUAUAUAAAAAAGAAGAGAGAUCAAUUCGUGUUUUUCGUUUAUUUUUUCCCCCUUGUUUUCGCUCGUAUUGUCCUUUUUUUUCAAAAAAGUAAAGCAAUAAUGUCUACUUUGCCUUUACCUCUCUCGUUCUUUAGAUUGAGCGGCACAUCUACUAGGGAUCUUCCAUUUCCUUCCUCGCUUGAACGUUCUUCGGUGUCUUUUCCUUUGAUUCCGUUUAGGCGGCUAGAGCUGUUUCGAUCUACUUCCGGAAUGACGAUAUCUAGGAGUUUCUCUUUCGUGUUUUGUUCAUUGAAAGCUAAAGCAACGGCUGAGCUCGUUCAAGAUACGGAAUCCGGUAUACCUGCCGUUGGUCGUAGUGGAGGUGGAAGGACAACGGAGGUUGAGCAUUCUCGUACCUUUCUUGAAGCUCGAUCCGAGCAAGAACUCCUAUAUGGAAUAAGGAAGGAAGUAGAAGCAAAAAGGCUACCUCCAAAUAUUGCAGCAGGAAUGAAAGAACUUUAUCAGAAUUAUAGAAAUGCGGUUUUCCAAAGUGGAGAUCCUUCAGCUGCUGAGACUGUGAUGUCAAACAUGGCUGUUGCAUUUGAUCGUAUACUUUUGGAUGUGGAGGAUCCUUUUGUCUUCGAACCCUACCACAAAGCUUUGCGAGAGCCAUUUGACUACCACAUGUUUGUUCAAAAUUAUAUUCGGCCUUUGAUUGAUUUCAGGAAUUCAUACAUUGGAAAUCUUUCUUUUUUCUAUGAAAUUGAAGAAAAGCUUAAGCAGGGUCAUAAUGUUGUACUUAUAUCUAAUCAUCAAACUGAAGCUGACCCAGCCAUCAUUGCAUUGUUGCUUGAGAAAACAAAUCCACGUAUUUCUGAGAACAUGAUCUAUGUUGCAGGGGAUAGAGUCAUAACAGAUCCUCUUUGCAAGCCUUUCAGCAUGGGAAGGAAUCUUAUAUGUGUGUACUCCAAAAGGCACAUGUAUGAUGUUCCUGAGCAUGUUGAGAUGAAAAGAAGAGCAAACACAAGAAGUUUGAAAGAGAUGGCUUUGCUGCUAAGGGAUGGCUCAAAAAUAGUGUGGAUUGCACCAAGUGGUGGCAGGGACCGCCCAGAUCCCUUUACAGAAGAAUGGUAUCCAGAUUCCUUUGAAUCCUCUUCAGUAGACAAUAUGAGAAGGCUCAUAGGACGAUCAGGUGCAGCAGGGCAUAUAUAUCCCUUGGCUCUAUUGUGCUAUGACAUCAUGCCCCCUCCACCCAAGGUAGAAAAAGAAAUUGGAGAAAAAAGAAUCAUGUCUUUUCAUGGGGCUGGAUUGUCGGUGGCACCAAAAAUCUGCCCUUCCGAAAUUGCUGUUGCUAGGAAAAUGUCUGAAGAGGCUAAAGAUACAUAUGCACAAGCUCUGUAUAAGUCUGUGACUGAGCAAUACAAUGUCCUCAAAUGUGCCAUACAUGGGAAACAAGGGUUUGCGGCAUCAAGCAUAGGCAUCUCUUUAUCGCAGCCAUGGAACUAGUCAAAACCUUACUAUGAUCUCAACAUCCGGUAAUAGGUCAUUUCCAUUGCAUAUAUUUUUGACUCGUUAACAGGAAGCCAUCAGAUAUGUAGAUAAAAGAAUGCCCCGCAAGACGAACAAUAGAUGUUACUCGAUACCCAUUGAUAACUUAAAACAGUAGAUACCUUUUACGUGGAGCUGAAUCCAUCAGAAACAGAAGCUAUGCCGAAAAUCUGCUUCAGGUUUGCUUUUGUACAGACCUUACUUUCUAGAAAGAAUCAAAACUUAUAGAUACAGCAAAUUCUUACGUGUAUAUGAUCUUUAUUCAAAUUCGAUGCAUCACAUUAUAUUUUCUGA